AUGUCGACCACUCUGUUUUUCUUCUUCUUCUUCUUCUCCCACUCAUCCAUCUGGGAUUUCGCCAUUGCCUUACUCUCCCUCUUCAUCUUCUGCUCCAUCCGCGAGCGAAUCACAAACAAAGGCCCCAUGCUAUGGCCAGUCCUCGGAAUAAUCCCGACCCUUCUCACCAACAUUAACGACGUCUACACUUUCGUCACUAAUUCCAUGAACAGAGCCGGCGGGACUUUCGCCCACAGAGGAAUGUGGAUGGGAGGCGCCCAUGGAGUCGUCACUUCAAACCCUUCCAACAUCGAACACAUGCUGAAAACCAACUUCAGAAACUACCCGAAAGGCCGUUACUUCCGCGAAAGGUUCAAUGAUCUGCUCGGUGAUGGCAUCUUUAACGCCGAUGGUCAGUCCUGGAAGGAACAGAGAAAGGUAGCUAAAUCCGAAAUGCAUUCCCCUCGAUUCGUCGAAUAUUCGUACAAAUCCAUGGUGCAUUUGGUCCAAAACAAGCUGAUUCAAGUCAUGGAGGGGAAGUUGAAGUCAGGGGAGAGCUUUGACCUUCAGGAAUUGUUGUUGAAACUCACAUUCGACAACAUUUGCUCUGUUGCGUUUGGCGUUGACCCUGAAUGCCUGACUUCCCCUGAAUUGAACCCUUUCGCGAGGGCUUUCGAGGAAGCAACGGAGUUGACUUUGGUCAGAUUUCUGGUGCCACCUUUCGUAUGGAAGCCGAUGAAGUGGUUCUUGAUCGGGUACGAGAGGAAGUUGAAGCAAGCUGUGGAGGUUGUUCAUGGGUUUGCCGAUGAGAUCGUGAGGGAAAGGAAGGAGAAGCUUCGCAAAGACGGGAACUUGGAUGGCGAAUUCGAUCUUCUCUCGAGGGUUAUGCAGAGGAGUCAUCGAGGUCCCGACGAGGUUUCGGAUGAGUACUUGAGGGAUUUCUGUGUGAGUUUCAUUCUGGCUGGAAGGGACACAACUUCGGUUGGCCUGGCAUGGUUCUUCUGGCUGCUGAGCAGGAAUCCUGAAGUGGAAAGGAUUGUUGUUGAUGAGAUCAACAGGGUUGUUGGCAGUCGACGUGAGGGUGAAAAGCAUGAUGGUUGUUUAAGAGAUGAAGAAUUGAAGGAGAUGGUUUAUUUGGAGGCAGCAUUGUCGGAAAGUUUAAGGUUGUACCCUCCUGUGCCGACUGAGAUGAAGGAAGUGAUGGAAGAUGAUGUGCUUCCUGAUGGAUCGAUGGUGAAGAAGGGUGGUCGAGUUUUUUACUGCAUGUUCUCGACCGCAAGGAUGGAAUCCUUGUGGGGGGAGGAUUGCUUGGAGUUCAAGCCAGAGAGAUGGAUCAAAGACGGGAGGGUUGUGAGUGAGAACCAGUUCAAGUAUGCAGUGUUCAAUGCCGGUCCAAGGAUGUGUUUGGGGAAGAAAUUUGCCUACACACAGAUGAAGAUGGUGGCUGCUUCAGUCUUGUUGAGGUUCUCUGUUGAAGUUGUUGAUGGGCAGUGUGUUGUUCCUAAGGUGACAACCACACUUUACAUGAAGCAUGGACUGUUGGUGAAGCUUAAGCCAAGGGGAAUUUGUUAAGUUAAGAUAAUGUAGCUGUUAUGUUUGUGAGGUGAGGUGAGGUGAGGUGAGGUGAGGUUACUAGUUCAACGUAAGGGUUGGGUGAGAUGAAUAGAAUAGGUAGUGUUAUUAAUUGGUGGUAGUGGGUGGCUAGCGAUCAGCACCUUAGUGGUUAGUCUCCCAUUUUGCUAUCCUACAUGCAUGUAUUAAGUACGAACUUUCCUAAUUC